GGGCACACUGGGGAAGAGACUGGACUAGCCACUUAAGUUGAGUGUUGGUGUAAGUUUCUGUUUUAUAUUAAUAAAGAUGUUGCUGAGCCCCGAAUGGCGUAACUGGUUCGUCUCUGGCUGUCGUGGUGGGAACCCCGUGGCAUGGUCUACUGCCACAAAAACAUUUGUGGCAAAUGGCUCCGACAGGGACCUGAGAAGAGAAAAACACUUGCUGCAUCAAUACCAGAACUGGUGUGUAAUUAAAGGCCUGAGCUUUGUGUAUUCAAGCUGCUCCAUAGAAGUGCAGUCUAAAUCAGGGACUGAAAAGGAGGAAGAAAACCCAGACAGACCACAUGAAGCCACGGCCUCCUGUGACAUCACAUCAUGCCAUAUCAUGGACUUCUCUCAGUCGUUCUCAGCCCUCAACGAGAGGCUGAAACCUCGAUUCACCACCAACGAGCAGCUCUGCACCUCCCUGAACAGACUGGAGGACAGACAGCAGAGCUCACUCUGGAGCAGGACAUCUUACCAACCGACAGUUCUGCCUGUGGAACCAAAUGUGUCAGUGACCAUCACGGAGCCACACGAUCCAGAAGAACCUGAGGUGGUCUCUGACGGCCUGGGAGAGGGAACCUGUGCAGAUCUGCGGUCCAACACGUGCCUGAUCACUGAGCUGAAUUUAAAAGAUGUGGGCGAUGAGGAGCUGGCUGACGAGGACAGCAGCUCCACAAAGUCUGAGGAGAAGGACAGUCAAGGGGAACUGACCACAGAGGGGACGAGGGACUCCUCAGGGUCGAGACCCUCCAGCAUUGGAAGUGGGAGCUCCAUCCAGAUGAACUUUGUUGAUGGGACUUUACCAGACCUGCUGAACAGCGGCAAACCACUCAGCAGACGCAGGACACUGGGACAUGUCUCAGCCACGCUGAACGAAGUUCGCAGAGAAGUGGAGCUGUCCCGCAAACGAAGCAUCAGGCUGAAAGCUCAGGUGGACAAACUACAGGAGAGCAGAGCUGGGAGAGGAUGGAGUCAAGACAAAGAGAGGGUUACAGAGGAGGUCCUGUCUGCUCUGCGGCUGCUGCAGCCGCUCAUGGAGCCAGAGUCCAGCCCAACCCAGCCCUCUAAGGACGAUAACUGCCUGGACGCUGCCCUGGCCCAGCUGCAGAAUGUGGCCAGAAAUCUGGCAAUCAGCCACACCAAACAGGAGUUCAAAUCUGGAGGAGGAAGAGGAGGAGAGGAAAGUGCCAUUCUUCAGCAGGCACUGUGGGACAGAGAUGAGGCCAUGGAGAAGAAAAAGGGGAUGGAGGCGGAGCUGCUGCGGAGUAAGACAGAGAUGAUGUUACUGAACAACCAGCUGCUGGAGGCCGUGCAGAAACGUCUGGAGCUGUCGCUGGAGCUUGAUGCCUGGAAGGAGGAUGUUCAGCUGAUCCUCCAGCAGCAGGUGCAGAAUCAGCAGCUGGCGGAGCAGGCCCAGAGGAAGCAGUCCCGAACCCUGGGCAUCCUGAGGAGAAGCAACCGACCACCCAUCCAGCGGCCGGCCAUUUUCUCUUCGCCUACGCCUGUGCCUCCCACAACCAACUCAAACCAAAUCUUCAUCCCCAGAGCUGCGGUCUCCACUGCUCCGACUCCCAGCACCAGCAGCACGUCUUCUCCGACCAGCACUCAACGCAACUGGAGAGACAAGCUGAGGAGGGGCAAGAACACGCGAGAUGCAGCGGGGCAGGGAUCAGAACGGGGCAAGGAUGACGGGUUCCAGGUCGUAUCGCUUGAUUGAAACAGUGACAACUCUGUACUUUCACUCUCAGGCACAACUGAGUCUUCCUCCAGUCACAAAUGUGUUUAAGACGAACAAGCAGCACUCUGUGACAACUUGUUUGGAGGCAGCUUAUGUGAAGACUAAAAAUCUCCAGUGCAAACACACCUGGACACAGAGUUCAUCUAUUACCUUUUGAGAUGAACAAUACUUACAUUUUCAUACAUUGUGCAUUUUAUUCUUUUAUUGAAGGAGGAACAUUUUAAGAGAAG